CAAAGACCGGCCGCAGGUUUGAAAUUGCAGAGCACUUGUGUACGGGAAUCUUAAACACAACAAAACAUCAGUUUUUCUGUCUCUGUCUGGAUAUUUAAGGAGUAACCAAAUAUUUUCUUUGCAACGCCAACACAUCUGUUGUUGAUCCUUGGAGAUGAAGAAGUAUCUCAUCCCAGCUGGUAAAUGUAUUCUGUCUCUGAAAUAAAGUUUUCUGUUUUAACUCUGUGUAAUUCACUAGAACCAGGAGCUGAGAACACACCAGGAUUUGUUCACUGGAGAUCAGUUCUCAACUGCACUGAUUGUACAAGGCAUUCAAACGUCUGACUUUCUGAAUUGCCAGAGAAUUGAUCAUAGGGAGAUAUCAUUCUCCUUCUCUCAAUGUGGGAAGAGAUUCACUCACAGGUACCCGCAGACACGCCAGUGAGUUCACAGUGGGGAGAGGCCAUUCACCCACUCUGUGUGAGGGAGGGGAACCGCUCAGUCAUCCAGUAAUGAAGAUAUAUCAGCAAGUUCACACCAUAGUGAGAUGCUCCACCUGUUCUGACUGUGGGAAGCCAUUCUGUUAUUGAUGCUAAAGGUAUAUCAGAAAAUUCACCAGUGAGAGGAAAUUGACCUGCUCGGACGUUGGUAAGACAUUCACACACUCAACCACAACACAGUGACACCAGUGAGUUCACACUGGGGAGAAGCCAUUCACCUGCUCUGAAUGUGGGAAAGGGUUCAGUCAGUCAUCUCAACUGAAUGAACACCAGCGAGUUCACACUGAAAAGAUGCCGUUCACCUGCUCAGACUGUGGGAAGGGCUUCACUCACUCCUCCAAACUACAGAGACACCAGCGAGUUCACACCGGGGAGAAGCCAUUCACCUGCUCAGACUGUGGGAAGGGAUUCGCUCAAUUGUCCAACCUACAGACCCACCAGCGAGUUCACACUGGGGAGAAGCCAUUCACCUGCUCAGAUUGUGGGAGAGGAUUCAUUCAGUCAAAUCACCUGCUACAACAUCAGUUAGUUCACACUGGGGAGAGACCAUUCACUUGUUCAGACUGUGGGAAGAGAUUCCUUCAGUCAUCUGACCUACUGACACACCAGCGAGUUCACACUGGGGAGAGGCCAUUCACCUGCUCUAAAUGUGGAAAGGUAUUUGCUCGGUCAUCUGUACUGAAGGAGCAUCAGCGAGUUCACACCGGGGAGAAGCCGUUCACUUGCUCUGAAUGUGGAAAGGUAUUUGCUCGGUCAUCUCAGCUCUUGAGACACCAGCAAAUCCACUCUGGGGUGAAACCAUUCCUCUGCUCAGAAUGUGGGAAGGGAUUCACCGAUGCAGCUCAGCUGAAAGAUCAUCAGUUUGUUCACACUGUGGAGAGGCCAUUCACCUGCUCAGACUGUGGGAAAGGAUUCACUCGCCGUUCUCGACUACUGACACACCAGUUAGAUCACACUGGGGAGAAACCAUUCAUCUGCUCAGAAUGUGGGAAGAGAUUCACCCAUUCCGCUCAACUGAAGGAACAUCAGCGACUUCACACUGGGGAAUGGCCAUUCACCUGCUCUGAAUGUGGGAAGGGAUUCGCUUGGUCAUCUCGACUGAAGGUGCAUCAGCGAGUUCACACUGGGGAGAAACCUUUCAGCUGCUCUGAAUGUGGGAAGGGAUUCACUCAGUCAUCCAAACUUGUGAGCCACUACCAAAUUCACACUGGGGAGAAACCGUUCACCUGAUCAGAUUGUGGGAAGGAAUUCACUCGGUCAUCUGAGUUUAAAAUACAUCAGCGAAUUCACACUGGGGGGUUCCACUCUCCUGUUCUGAAUGUGGGAAUGGAUUCACUCAGUCAACUCAAUUAAGACUGUAAGAUAUAGGAUCAGAAGUCGGCCAUUCGGCCUUUCGAGGCUGCUCCACCAUUUAGUCAUGGGCUGAUCCAAUUCUCCAGUCAUCCCCACUCCCCUGCCUUCUCCCCAUACCCUUUGAUCCCCUGGCUAAUCAAGAACCUAUCUCUCUCUGUCUUAAAUGCACCCGAUGACUUGGCCUCCAGAAUUGCAUGUGGCAACAAAUUCCACAAAUUUACCACCCUCUGACUAAAGUAAGUUCUCCUCAUCUCUUUUCGAAAUGGUUGUCCUUCGACCCUGAAGUUGUGCUCUCUUGUCCUAGACUCACCUACCAUGGGAAAUAACUUUCGCAUUCCUAAGCUGUUCAGAGCUUUUAAAAUUCAGAAUGUUUCAGUGAGAUUCCCCUCCCGCCCCCCCCCCAUUCCCCAGAACUCCAGGGAAUACAGCCCAAGAGAAGCCAGAUGCUUCUCGUAUGUGUAACGCGUUGUAAGGUUUCACUGCUAAUGUAAUGGCUUCUUUGUAAUGUUCACUGCUGAAGUAACAGUUUCUCUGUAGCAGCAAUGUUCCUGUUAUGGCUGGCGAUAACAGGACUGUGGGAUGCAUGUCAGCCAAUCAGGAUUUUGUUGCUCUGUCUCGUGAAUCUGGGAGCAGUGGAUUUUGCCAGAGACAGAGAUGGAGAGAGAAGACGCGAAUGGAGAGAUUUGCUGGACUGCCGGACAGGGUGGACUUGGAGCGAGGGUCCAAAGGGCAGUGACGAUCGGAGGAGGCCGAUGGGGACAGAACGGCCUAUCAGUGAUCUCCAGUUUUGCGCACAGACUGUUUAAUAAGAUUGGGCCCUUUUUUCAAUUUUGUUUCUCUACUAACCAUACAGUCAAAGUAAGAGUUAUAAAGCUUAAUCAUUUAAUCGCAAAGUGUGUUCUGUUUGUUAUUUCUGGGCACUGAUUUGUAACAGGUCACACAU